CUGGUUUUGGUUGAGCUUCGUGGACAUUGUUUCUGGUUUCCUGUUACAAGGGUCUAGAGGUUUUGUGAGAUUGUGGGGGGUUCUCUGUUACUGGCAGGUGUGUGGAGCAAUUCAGAGUGGAGGUGUUCUGUGAGUAACUUUGGUGUUUGUGCUUGUAUUGCUUUUUGUUCGGUAGAAGUUCAGGCUGGAUGCGUAGUGGUGUCAAUAGGCUUUCAGGGUUGAGUGACUGUGGAAAGGAUUCAAGCUUUCACUGAGACGCACAUCCUUGUUCUGCGGGAUUUUUUGAAUUUCGUUGCGUCCAAGAAUUUUGUGAAGCCAACGUGAGAGCGUGGUUUAGGCUGUCUCGCAAGCAGAGCGCGAAUGUUUGUCACUCGAGGGUUGCUCUAGAUUUGCGAAGCGGUUCUGGUGAUCAUCGUGGAUACAGUUCAUGGAAUGGUCGAAGGUGGCAUCACGAGGCAGAAUGUUCGGCUUUGGUUUGAGUGUUUAGGAUUUCGAGUCUUGUCUGAAGAAUAGCCUUGGAAGCACCACAUUAGUGCAUUCACCAGACCCGCUUUGUGCUCCUAACCCACCGAAGCUGUGUUUGCCCUGAUUGAUUAACAUGGAUAUACAUAAUCUCUGGCUGGAUGGAUUAAUAUGUGCCUAUGAAUUCAUUCCUGCUCCUUUGCAAAAGAUUAAGUUGGGAGGUGUAAUCACCGCACAAGGACUUCUUCAAGGGCAAUUUGAUACGGAAAUAUCUCUUAAACAACCGGUUUCGUUAAUAGAAAACUUGGGGGUGGAUUCAAAGCGUUCAAACAAGUCCCCAGCAAGCAGUCCUCGUUCCAGUCCCGAAGAUCAAUUAUCGAACUCUUCAAAGUUGACACCAAUCAGUCCAGGAACUACGCGGAAGAGUUUGGAGACGGAUGCUCCGAAAGACCUGAGUCCAUUGAGUCUGAGCCAUGGCUCUUCACUUGUUCGUCAACCGAGUACGAGAAAUAGGCAGAGUCAGUGGAUUCCUAUUGGUUGGGAUCGGCUGACGGAAUUGUUUCAAGAUCUGCAGGGUGAGUCGGAGUGGCAGCUGGACGAGGAGUUUUCUGACCAAGACGAUACUCUUUCCGUAGCUGAUGUAGCCCAACCUUACUGGAAAAAACGGGCAGGGCCUACGUUUUGGUGUCAUGUGGACUCAAGGCAUCCUAAAGUCCAACAUCUAUUUCUAAAUGCUCAGUGGUUGCAUCCUGCUGUCAGUGUUGGGCUUCGAGAUGAGAAACGGCUCAUCAGUGAUCGUAUGAAACAUCUGCUUUACGAGGUACCUGUGCGGGUGGCAGGAGGCUUGUUAUUUGAGCUUACUGGUCUUUCUGUGGGCGAUCCAAACCGUGAAGAGGAGGACGUAGCUGUGGUCUUAAGGUCAUGGCUAUCGCAAAAUCACCUGAUCACAUCGAUGCAUGUGAAGGGCCAUGUGAACAAUCUUAACGUACUCGGUGUUUUGGAAGUCCAAGAUCUAGUUGGUGCUGGUGGCACUGAGGCCCCGAAGAGUGUAGAAGAAAUAGUUGCCCAGCUUUCCAGUUGCCUUGCCACAUGGGAUGAUCGGAUGGCAAGAAAACACUACUUCGGUGCAGCUGAUGAACUUGAGCUGAAGUAUGUAAAUAGGAAAUCUAACGAAGACUUGGCGCUGCUAAGUAUAAUAUUGAAUCAAGAGAUUCGUCGUCUUUCCACUCAGGUUAUCAGAAUAAAGUGGUCCUUGCAUGCGCGCGAGGAGAUUGUACAUGAGCUUAUGACACAUUUGAAGGUGAAGGAUGCCCUAGAGAUUCUAAAGACCGUGCACAGGAGAACCCGAAGCAUGUUAGAUGAGCAGGACGCAGUGAGGGAUCGUAUUUUCACAGUUCAGGACGUGAUGCAGAGCAACGUGAGGGAAAAACUGCAAGCGCAGAGUCUGCGGGUGACACACAAUUUGUCAGUUAUUGGUGGAAGUGGACUCCUUCUCUCUAUCAUUGUUGGGCUCUUCGGUGUUAACUUAGAUGGCAUUCCAGGGGGUAGUGGUUCCCCUCAUGCUUUCUCCACAUUUACUUUCAUCUUGUUUGGUCUUGGCGCCAUCUCGUGCCUGCUUGGUAUCCGGCGCCUUGGUCUUAAGCCCCAACCUUCCGAUGAGGCUGUAACGUCACGUAAGAUGGAGCUGCAAGACUUUGUUUACAAGUUUCAAAAAGCAUCAGAGGCGCAUGAAAAAGUCCACCAUAUACAUUCUGAUCCCUCUCUUAGUGACGUUGCUACAGCUGCUGCUGCUGCGGAAACUGACAAACCUCAUGGCUUUUAUAUUUUGUUGCAAUAAAUAGACCCACUUCUUUUCUCAUA